AUGCAAACGAUGCAUCACGACAUGGAGCAUCGUUUGAUGGACAGUAGCAUUCAGAAUCCCAUGGAAGAACAGGAGUUGGGCGAACUUGAAGCUUCGCAACGUAUUGCUGAUGAGGUAGACAGACGAGUUGCACUAUUGAACGACUCUCAACGGUUUGAAGCGAUGUUUGGAGGAAAGGCCAGCGAAAUGUCAAAAUAUUAUCAAGACAUAUUCCACUGCAAAGAGCUUACAAUGCGUCGAGACAAAAAACAGGCACAAGGAUUGAAGAGACAAGCAAACAAAUUGUUAAACGUGAUUUCGUCGCCGGAUGACAGCAGCAGCGAAAGCAGUGCAUUGCAUGUACAGGUAUUGGACACAGUUUAUUUAUCGGAGAAUCACUGCGUAUCCUAUAGAAAGUUGGUUAUGUGA